GCACCCCCACACACACACUCCUUGCGGCCACCCCUGUGGUAUCCAUCCCGAGACCGGAGCCUCAGGCUAAGUGAAAGGGCAGAGGCUGGGCCUCCGGCCUGUACCACUCAGGGCAGGAUGGGCCUCUGGAGGAUGAGGACUUGUCUUUGAGAAGGACACCGAUCUUCCCUGCCUAAGACCCACGGCACCCUCCUUCUUUCACGCUGGCUGUAUUCCUAGCUCCCCUCUAGGGUCUCUUCUCUUUCUGGAGUUCCCAGGCACAGGGACCAAGACAGAACCAAGAAGUGCUCCCCGCGCCCGGUGGAGUAAUAACCUCUGCCUUGUAACCUGUUCACAAGUCCAUCCAGCCGUCAGCUGGCUUUCUCGCCCUUUCCCUAAAGGACCACUCUCCCUCUCCUUCGUCCUGCCUCCCUGGGCCUGCCUCCCCAUCUCCUCCACCCCACCAUCCCAGCACCGGUUUCCUAAUCUUAGGAGGCAUCUCUUCUGAUUGAACUAGAGAAUUCCGGGAUCCGGGCCACACUCCUUAGUGGACAGCCCAUCCUCAGAGCAAGCCAGGAGAGAGCCUGAGGAAGAACAGGGAGAGAGCACAAGGUCAGGAGGUCCCUGAGGGCAGAGACUGCCAGCAGACAGGCACUGAGGAGAAAGCACGGGAGCUAGAGCCAGAGCCCAGGCAAGAAAGAGAAGAGCCAGCAGAGUUGUUUGUGGGGGAGGCUCAGCAGCUGUCUCUCCUAAGACAGGGACAGAUGGGCCUGGUUAUUUCUCUUGUCACAUGUAGGGUGGUAGGAAUAGGAGAGGGCCAUUGGGCAAUCAAGGGCAGGCUUGCACACACAGCUAAGUGGUUAGCUGUCAGGUCUCCAUGACCCCUGUGGAAGAAAGGCCUCCAAGUCCAGUCAAUCUGUCUGUUUUUCCUUCUUUUUCAGACAGGUUCUCAUCAUGUUGCCGUGGCUGGCUUGAACUCACUAGGUAGACCAGGCUGGCCUCAAACUCACAGAGAUCAGCCUACCUCUGCCUCCUGAGUGCUGGGAUUAACGAUGUGCCCCGGGCCCAGCGUUAGCCAAACACAUACCCCGUCACCCCCCAGCUCCCUCAAACGUUCAUGCCUUCUUUCCUAUAACAUGAUCAUUCUCUAAUAAAUGCAACAGCUAAACUGCCAGUGAAGAGGAAAAUGCCAGGAGAGCUAAAGUACUGCUGGAUUUCCAUGGCAGGUAUAGCAUUCAGGAAAAAGAAAUUUGGAGAGCCAGGAACUGAAACUCCAUCCAUCUAAAGCAGGACUUCUCUUUCCCGUGAACAAAUGCAUUCUGCCAGAUUUCUCCUGGACUAACCCUCCCUCAUCCAGAUCCCAGAUUCUCAUGUCUCCUGAGACAGCUCCCCCUAGAGUGCUGCCUGCUGUGCACCUUGGUCCUGGAGCCCUUCUCCACCCGGAUUCCUUGGCCCACCUGUGCCCCACACUACUCUGUGCCCGAGUGCAAAAGUUCAAGCCGCCUCCAUGGCCCCAGGAAAGAUUCAGGGGAGAGGCCCCAUACAGGGAGCCACUCCAGCCAGAUACCUUGACCAGAAUGGAGCUGACUGAUUUGCUCCUGGUGGCCAUGCUUCUCCUUACUGCGAGAAUAACUCUGUCGAGCCCAGCUCCUCCGGCCUGUGACCCCCGACUCCUAAAUAAGCUGCUUCGUGACGCCCAUAUCCUUCACAGCCGACUGAGUCACUGCCCUGACAUCAACCCUUUGUCUACACCUGUCCUGCUGCCUGCUGUGGACUUUAGCCUGGGAGAAUGGAAAGCCCAGACGGAACAGAGCAAGGCACAGGACAUCCUAGGGGCAGUGUCCCUUCUACUGGAGGGAGCGAUGGCAGCACGAGGACAGUUGGAACCCUCCUGCCUUUCAUCACUCCUGGGACAGCUUUCUGGGCAGGUUCGCCUCCUCUUGGGAGCCCUGCAGGGCCUCCUAGGAACCCAGCUUCCCCCACAGGGCAGGACCACAGCUCACAAGGAUCCCAAUGCCAUCUUCUUGAGCCUACAACAACUGCUGCGAGGCAAGGUGCGCUUCCUGCUGCUAGUCGAAGGCCCCGCCCUCUGCGUCCGACGGGCCCCGCCCACCACAGCUGCCUCAAGCAACACCUCCCAACUCCUCACACUAAGCAAGCUCCCGAACAGGACUUCUGGACUUUUGGAGACCAACCUCAGUGUCUCAGCCAGAGCUCCCGAGCCUGGGCUUCUGAGCAGGCUUCAAGGACUCAGAACCAAGAUUAUCCGUGGUCAGCUGAAUCAAACCACCAGGUUCCCAGACCAAAUCCCUGGAUUCCUGAACCGGACACACGGACCUCUGAAUGGAACUCAAGGGCUCUUUGCUGCAGCCUCACUUCAGACCCUGGAAGCCCCAGACAUUCUGCUGGGAGCUUUGAACAAAGGCCCCCUGCCACUCAACCUCCAAAGUGGACAUCCUCCUCCUCCUGCCCGUGGUCCUGAUGGACACACACUCUUCCCUCCUUCACCCAACUUAUCCACCCCCGUGCCUUCUGUUUCCUGAUCCCUCCACCACUGUGCCUACCUCUACCAGCCACCAUCCAGUCAGAGCGUACCCUCAUUCCCAGAAUUUGUCUCAGGAAGCGUAAGGUACACAGGCACAGCUGGCAUCUGCCAUGCCUCUCAGGCACAAGCCUUCCCCGGAAGAGAGGCAACUGCAGCUGCACUAGACUUCCUGCUUCCCCUGAACCCAAAGCCCUGAAAGAGGGAUACACGGGACAACCUAUCAUAACGUUUUAGAAGCUAUUUUUUUAACCUAUCAGCUAUAUUCAUCAGAGCAGCUAGUUAUCUUUGUUCUAUUUUCUGUAUAAAUUUGAAAAUCACGAA